UUCUGCUGAGAAUGUAUUAUUGCGGGGUGGUGUAGCCAAAUUCCAUUAAUCCAAAGAGCCAAAUCAAAAGUUGCAAAUGUUCGCGGUUUUGUGCGCCUACGAACAGCCAGCGCUUGCUGUUCAAAAAAGAAAAAGGUGGUGGUUUGUAUGUCUCAGUCCCUGCAAGAGCUUUAGCAAAAGGAGAAUGUGAGCUUUCUCUGAAACGAUCUGCUGCAUCCACCCAACACCCCACCGCUGCUUCCAUCUCCGCGCUCGCAAUCCUCGGUUUUCCAGCUCCAAAUGGACCACCACAAGUGUGGCGUUCUUCUUCUCCUCGCGAUCGCUGCCUUCGCGGCUGCUCUCGUUCGUGGCGAUUCCAUCGUCUCUGGGAAUGUCUUCUGCGACCAGUGCCUGCACGGGAGGCCCAGUAUGUGGGGAAUUCCAAUCCGCGGUGCCAAAGUGCUCGUCCACUGCCGAAACAGGCAGGGGAUGGCAAUGGCGGUUCCAGCCAUGUCCAACUUCUUGGGUGCUUUCGUCGCCAACUUCCCUGGAGAGCACGACCUCCAGCACUGCACGUCUCGGCUCAUGUGGAGCCCCUUGAAGCAGUGCAAUGUGGUGGCCAACGCACAGCAGUCACUGCGCCUGGAAUGGAAGAUCCUGGACAAUGCCUUCUACACCGUCAAGCCGCUCUACUUCACGCCUGUCAAGCCUCUCGCAAUCUGUCCAGUCUCGAGGCCCAAGCUGGAUCCAAUCGUCGUUCCAAAAGCUCCGGCACAGCAGCAGCCAUCGUCUUACUGCCGAGCAGACCACUGGAUGAAUCCAGUGUAUAGCUGCCACUGGAAGUUUGUCACUCCGGACGAAAGCAUCGCUAAGCUGCUUGGCCCCCGAGCCAGAAACAAGUAUGGUAACAUCACCGCCUUGGAAGCGCUGGUGAAGAACUCGAGCUUGAAUGGCAUAGCCGACCAGCACUAUGCCACCACCUACAAUGGCUUGCUCUCCGAGACGGUGGCUGCGCUGCUCAACUCGUACUACAACAGCCGCUUCAGCCUGUCACCCAUGACAAUCUCCAGGAUCUUUGACAAUGUCAUCGCGCGAGGAACUCCUAAAGAUGCAAGCAAAAUAGCGGCAGAGUUCAGGAGAGCCAACGCUGGAGUGGGCAAGGGGACUUGCCUUUUGGAUGUCUGUAAAUCCAAGUAGCCUGUAACUUCCAGUCUAUAUAUCAUGCGUGUAAGUCCACUUCGGCCA